AUGCCGAAGGAAAAGACAUCGAAGCAUGUGAAGUGCGAUGUGCUGUUUGAUGACAACUCGAGCGGUAUAUUUACGGCCGGCGAUCGUGUCACCGGGACGAUCGAGCUCCACCUUACCAAGAUCAAAAAAGUGCGAGGUGUCUGUCUGCUUAUCUCCGGGUUUUCGGCCGUGUUUUGGGAGGCAAAGGUACCGGACGGUCCAAAAAACAAAAAAGUGAAGGCGCAGUUUAAGGGACGCGAAGACUUCAUCAAGAAGAAGCUGUAUCUGGCCGGGUCGGAGAAUGGUGCCGGUAUGCAGCUGCCUCCCAACCUCAUCCGGUACAAGUUCGAUUUCACCAUCCCACCGGCGGCACCGACCUCAAUGGAGGGAAAGUACGGCCACGUCCGAUAUCUGCUGCAGGUGACGCUCGAGCGGCCUUGGAAGUUUGAUCACAACUUCCAGCAACCGUUCACCGUCGUGUGUCAGGCAGACCUAAACCAAAGCAACGAAGUGCUGUGCAUACCGACCAAGGCGGAGAAUAUGUUAACAUUCUACUGCGGCUUCUGCCGAUCCCGGCCGCUGAUGGUAUCGGCCACCACGCCAAAGUCUGGCUAUGCGCCGGGUGAAACGAUCGAGCUGGAGGUGUUUGUGCAAAACUCGAGCAAAGUGGCGGUGAGCGAAAUUGAGAUCAAGUUCCAAAAGAUCCUCAAGUUUACCAGCCAAACGCGUGUCAUCGCCCAAACGCAGAUACCGAAGGAGGAGAACAACAUCCAGUACGAGGUACUGGAGGUACACAAGAUACCAACCAUCGAGGGUGAAAACGAUGCACGGUUUGUGGAAAACUUUGUCGUCGGGCCAAUUCCGUCCACCGAAACGACGCACAGUCGGAUCGUUGCUGUAGGGUACGAGCUGGCACUGGUCGUUAAACCACAGGCCUCCACGAAGCGCAUGAAGCUGAACAUACCGAUUACGAUCGGCCAGAUCCCAUUGGCAGGAUCUGCCACGCCGUACUCGAUAUCCGGAGGACUGCAAAAGCUGAACAACACCUUGAAUGAGCACAGUAGUGCGCCACCGGCGUACGAGGCCUAG